AAAUAUAUAAGAGUUAGUUAUACACACUCGUUAGUCUAAGAAGUACAAGAUGGAUUUGUCACUAGUUCUGGUGUUUGUGUUUGUCUUUCUGGUGUCAAUAUGGUUUACCAGAAAGCGACAGAACCUGCCCCCGGGACCUCGCACGGUUCCUUGGCUCGGCUCUAUAGGACUUAUGCAGAAACUCCGGAAGUCGAAAAAGAGACCCCAUGAAGUGUUCUUUGAGGAAUCGAAACGCUACGGAGACAUUUGGUGUUUCUUUAUUGGAAAACAGCCCUACAUCGUUCUCAAUGGAUAUGACAUCAUUCAUGAGGCAAUUGUUAAGAAGGCACAGUGUUUUAGCGGUCGACCCAUUUUUGGAAAUCGGCCAUUACCAUUCAGAAAAUUUCCGGGUGCCGAAGGAAUUCUUACCAACCCCCACUUUGGCCCGGGCUGGCGGGAGCUCAGACGCUUCACGCUACAGGCGCUACGAGAUUUCGGCGUCGGCAAGACGUCAAUUGAGGAAAAAGUAGCAGCGGAAGUGGAUGAACUGACGCGAGUCAUUCAGGGCUGGGAAGGGCGCCCUGGGAAACUUAACCCAGAGCUCCAGAAUGUAGUUGCAAACGUCAUAUUGGGCAUAGUGUUUGGAAAACGGUACGAUUACGAUGACCCCGAGUUCGCAGAUGUACAGCAGUUGACAAACACGGUGGUUUCCGGAAGUGGUCCCAUAAGCACAACUAAUGUCUUUCCGCGCUUUAUCGCCAGACUCUUUAACAAGAAGGAGGACGUUAUUAUGAACAAGCGUCGCGAAGCGUUCCAGCAGAUGGGUGAUUACAUCAUGUCUCAGAUCAAGGAGCACGAGAGCUCGUUCGACGAAAACAGCAUUCGGGACUUUGUGGAUAUCUAUCUCCGAUCACAGAAGCACGGCAGCGAAGACGAGAGGAAGCACAUAACCAUGGGUAACAUGUUCCGUGUGAUCUUCGACCUGUUCCUGGCUGGAUCUGAGACAACGUACGCCACCUUGGACUGGGCAUUUCUGCAGAUGAUCCGCAACCCUGAAGUCCAGACUCGCUGUCAGGAGGAAAUCGCGCAGGUCAUCGGGGAACGCGCGGUCAAGUACGCAGAUAAGGACAAACUCACAUACGUUAAUGCAACCAUAAUGGAAAUCCACAGAAUGGGCAAUAUAGUGCCUUUGAACGUGGCCCACCGCGCGACGGAGGCGGCCACUUUGGGCUGCUAUGACAUCCCAAAGAACGCCAUCAUCCUGCCGUCCAUCUACUCUGCCAGCAUGGACUCCCGGAAAUGGAGCCAACCGGAAACCUUCAACCCAGACAGGUUUCUCAGUGAAAACAAAAAGCUGCAGAAAGAGGACAGUCUGAUACCAUUCUCAGUUGGUCCGCGGACGUGCCUGGGUGAGCCUCUCGCCCGCAUGGAGCUGUUCCUGGUCUUCACCAACCUCCUACAGCGAUUCACAUUCUCUCCAGAACGCCAGGGUGCCCUCCCUUCCCUCGAGGCACGCCCAAACCAAAUCACCAAUAUGCCCAGCGCGUACAGUCUCGUGGCCCGUCCCAGGUCAUAGGCUUGAUCGUGAUGCUUACUUGUCUUAUUUGUUCGGUCAUGUUUAUUGUAAGGCGUAGAACAAACCACAACAAUAUCCCUGUAUAUACAGGAUUGCAAAAUGACGAUGACUGCUCAUUUCAGGCAUCAUUUGUUUAAUAUGUGUCAACAUGUGACAUACUUUUCUGAUUAUGUAACGUAAUAUAAAUGUUAAAGUUUAAAUUGCCAUUAUGUAUUCAUCGGUAAUGUCUGAUGUUUAAUGUCUGAUUAAAUAGUUUUGAUCAAAUCGAUGCAGAUUAUUUUGAUACAUGUUUUUCGUCAUAAAUUAUUGCAAGUUUUGUUGUAGCAUAAAUUAUAGUUAAGUGAGCCAUGAAACACCUUUUAAGCUGGCAAAAAUAUUGGUUUCUUUAAUUAAGUCAUAUAUUAUUGAAUUCUUACAGUUUUCUUUUAUGUUAUAAAACGGUAGUAUUUUACUAGUGAAAGAUGUGUUCUAAAGUUAAAAACUAUUUGGUAACGAACUUUAAAAUGCUGUAGUUUCCAAACGCCACAGAGGCCAAAGCGUAAACAUGCCUUAAAAUGUUUGUAAGAUGAUACACUUUCAUAAAAACAUGGUCUUCAAAAUUCCUCCUUGGGUGGGGUUGGUAAAACAUUUCCCCCUCAUAGUCGUUUAUGUCUAUAUUUAUAUUUUACGCCCUUGGUUAUGUAGUGGUAAUGGAGAUGGACCGGUAACCCAGCAAACCGUGUUCGACCCCAAGCAGGCAACAGCAGCCUAGUUUUCGCUUCAUAUUGUGUGUGUAUAUGUCGUUGUACGUGAAUGUUUCUCAUUGGUCAUAUGUGCUUCUUGGCAAAUAAAAUAUGAUAAAAUCA